AUGGAUUAUGACGACCCCAUGUCUGACCACCCCGUGUGUGACGACCCCGUGUCUGACCACCCCGUGUGUGACAACCCCGUGUCUGACCACCCCGUGUGUGACAACCCCGUGUCUGACCACCCCAUGUCUGACCACCCCGUGUGUGACGACCCCGUGUCUGACCACCCCGUGUGUAACAACCCCGUGUCUGACCACCCCGUGUGUGACAACCCCGUGUCUGACCACCCCGUGUGUGACGACCCCGUGUCUGACCACCCCGUGUGUGACAACCCCGUGUCUGACCACCCCGUGUGUGACAACCCCGUGUCUGACCACCCCAUGUCUGACCACCCCGUGUGUGACGACCCCGUGUCUGACCACCCCGUGUGUAACAACCCCGUGUCUGACCACCCCGUGUGUGACAACCCCGUGUCUGACCACCCCGUGUGUGACGACCCCGUGUGUGACGACCCUGUGUGUGACGACCCCGUGUGUGACGACCCUGUGUCUGAGGACCCCGUGUCUGACGACCCCGUGUGUGACGACCCCGUGUGUGACGACCCUGUGUCUGACCACCCCGUGUGUGACGACCCCGUGUGUGACGACCCCGUGUGUGACGACCCCGUGUCUGACGACCCCGUGUCUGACGACCGCGUGUCUGACGACCCCGUGUCUGACGACCCCGUGUCUGACCAUCCCAUGUCUGUCGACCCCGUGUGUGACGACCCUGUGUGUGACAAACCCAUGUCUGAUGACCCCGUGUGUGACGACCCCGUGUGUGACGACCCCCGUGUGUGA